AUGCCAACCAUCUUCCACAGAUAUAACCAAGUUCUCAAAUUAUAUCCCUUCCGUACAAACAUGAUUACGACAGGGAUAUUCUUUGGUGCCGGUGAUAUUAUUGCACAAUCCUUUUUUCCACAUAAGACCAUCCACACUGAAAUUACUGAAAGAGGUGAUACAAGAGAAGUUGAAAUAAUUUCUGAAUAUGCAUAUCCUAGAACAUUAAGAGCAAUGAUAUAUGGAUCAUUAGUGUUUGCACCUAUAAGUGUAUUAUGGCAUGGUAAGACAUUGCCAAAGAUUAAGAAUCCUUUUAUAAGUUUAUUCCGGAGAAAUAAAAUGCAUGAAAAUCCAAAAUUAAGAAAGAGAUUACAUUUUUAUGAUACUGUUUUUAGAUUAGGAUUAGAUCAAUUAAUCUUCCCCGGGUUAGUUUGGAUUCCAUUAUAUAAUACAGUAAUGGUUACUUUGGCAUUACAUGAAAACCCUUUGGAUGUUGUUAGACAAAAAUUACAAAAUAAUUGGUGGAAUGUGUUGAGAGCUAGUUGGACCGUUUGGCCGGGAUUCCAAUUAUUUAAUCUUUAUUUUAUUCCUGUUCAUCUUCGAAUUGUAUGUCUGAAUAUAUGGGCAACCGGUUGGAAUGCAUUCUUAAGUUUUGUUCAUAAUACAAAGGGUCAUGGAAAGGGAAGUGGUCAUAAGCUUGAAGAGUUGGUUGACAUUGAAGAUGAUCAACAAGAGAUUACAAUGCGUCCAUUAGCUACUAAUAUGAUUAGUACUGGAUUUUUAUUAGGUACAGGGGAUUUUAUUGCUCAAACUCUUUUCCCCCAAGAACCAGAUCAACCAUUUGAUUAUUUAAGAAAUUUACGAGCAAUAAUAUAUGGAUCAAUAAUCUUUGCCCCAAUUGGAGAUAAAUGGUAUAAAUUUUUGAAUAAUAAGAUAAAACUGCCAUUUAAGAAUGUUGGUAAAAAAAGAGAAAAGUCAAUUGCAACUUUAUUAAGAGUAUCUGUAGAUCAAUUAGGGUUUGCACCCUUUAUUGGUAUCCCCUUAUAUUAUAGUUCAAUGACAAUAUUAGAAGGUAAAACCCCAAUAAUUGAAAGUAUAAUGGAAAAAUUUGAAACUAGUUGGUGGAUUACUUUAAAAGGUAAUUGGUUAGUAUGGCCUAUAUUUCAAUGGUUUAAUUUUUAUUUAAUACCUGUUCAAUUUCGAUUAUUUGCAGUUAAUAUUAUAAGUAUAGGAUGGAAUACUUAUUUAAGUUAUGUAAUGCAUAAUAAAUAA